CCCUUUUUUUUUUCGUUAUACAUGAAAAAGAAUAGUAAUUGUAUUAACAAAUGGCUAAUACCGAUGCCAAGCGGUAUUUCUUUAACAAGCCAUGAUUCUUUUACACAAGAUUUAUUAUUACAAUUUGAUAAAAAGAUACACCAACUAUUAUAUGAUCAGUAGUACUAGCACAAGCACAAACACAAACACAAACACAGGCGCAACUCCAUCUAUAACUUCAAAUCAAGCUAUUCAUAGUCCUACUUUAUCUUAUUUAACCUUUAAAGAAUCUCAUCCAUCAAGAGAUAAAUCAACUAAAGAGACUAGAUCUGCAACGAAAUUACUACGAAAAUCAUCUAUUUAUCUGAAAAAUAAGUUUUAUCAUCAUACUAAACAAAGACACAAGUCCCUUUUCAAUUCUUUAACAUUAAGAAAUAGAAAGAAAAAAAGACAAAAAAAUUCAUCUGUACCAAUAACUCAUAAUUUGCAAGAAUUAGAAAAUAAAAAUAGACUUUUAUAUCAACAAGAAGGGAAAUUUAUUCUUCAGCAACCGCCUAUCAUCAUCACUCAAUAUCCACCAAAGCCGCUUAAAUAUUCCCCUGUUGAAUUCAUUCUUCCUGAGACGACGACUACGACUGUUAACGAUAAAAAGCGUCGUCGAUUAUCUCUUCCUUUACUUAAAUUAUCUUCAACAAAUUUAAUACAACGUCAAAAAUCUGAAUCGAAUAUUUUAAUAAUUCAUUCAACUGCAGAAGAGCCUGUUCAACAAAGAUUAUUACAAGAAAAUUCCUUCAUUACUCAACUACAUUGCUCUUUGAAUAAGCAAUGGAAUAAGCUUAUUUCCAACAUGACAAAACCUCAAAGUAAAAAGAAAAAGAAGGGGAAAUCUCCUUUACUCUAUACUAAAUAAAUAAAUAUCAUCUUUACUCUGUUUAAAAUUCGAUGAGCCAGAUAAAGUUAAUUUUUUUUUUUUUUUUAUUUAAAAAAAAAAA